AUGACGUCCAACUUCUUCUCGAGGCUCGCUCCUGCAAGCCAGCAGAGGUCUUUCUACGAGGAACUGCGCUCCCGCAACGAUGAUCUCGACGUUGAGGACCGCGCCGGCUUUGCCCUGGACGACGAGAACCUGAACCAUAGCUUCCAGGAAGAUGACUUGGAUCCCGAAACCCUCGCUAUCGAACACAGCAGGAUGACACAAGCCAGUGAUCCUAGGCCGGACCGCCGACGCAACACGAGGCCUUCACCCCAACAACACGAGACUACGUGGCCACAUCCAGAUGAAGAAGGAGAUAAUGAUGUGCCUGCCUCGCUCCUGGUCGAGAAAAAUGCUACAGAUCCUCCCAGUAGGUCGAAACGCCACGGAAGGACAGCAACGCCCCCACGACCACAUGGUGCCCCCGAGCCCUCGACCAGGAGGCUUCGGGCCCAGUGGGAGACGACACAACAUCAGCAGAGGCUCCACCAAGACGAACAUCCUCCAGCCGCCCUGCCAUACACUAGAGCGCGCUCAAAUCGAGUGGUGGGCAGCGUCGUCACUGGAACGGCCGAGCAGAAGGCUAUGUGGAGAUGGGUUAACGUCACAAACCUCGACAUCUUCAUGCAGGACGUAUACGACUACUACAGGGGCAAUGGCCUGUGGUGCAUCCUCCUGGACCGUGUCCUUCACCUGGUGGAGGUUGGCUUCAUCGUCGCAUUCCUCACCUUCUUAACACAGUGCAUCGACUACUCCAAGUUCCCCCACAGCAAGUCCAUGAACCAGGUGCUUAUAUCCCAGUGUACAAAGAAAAUGUCUGGGCUUUGGAACUUUGGCCUGUGGAUAUUUGUCUUCUAUUUCAUAUGGAAAGCUAUCCAGAUUCCUCUCGACAUUCGGCGCCUUUUACACCUCCGGGACUUCUACUCCCACCUGCUUGGCAUUCCCGAACAUGAUAUGCAGACUAUCUCGUGGCAGGACGUUGUCGUCCGUAUCAUGGCCCUCCGGGAUCAGAACCCCAAAACGGCGGGUCACUUGACGGCCCGCCAGCGGAAGUGGCUCGGUAGUCAGUCCAAGGAGAGGCUCGAUGCGCAUGACAUUGCCAACCGCCUCAUGCGAAGGGAGAACUUUCUCAUAGCCUUGAUCAACAAGGAUAUUCUGGACCUCACCAUCCCGCUGCCGUUCUUGAGCGGGCGUCAGUAUCUUUCUCGUCUCCUCGAGUGGACCUUGAAUUUCGGCAUCAUGGACUAUGUCUUUGACGAACGUGGCCAGGUGAACCAAGAGUUUCUCAAGUCAGAUCGCAGAGGCCAGCUAAGCCAGAAAUUGCGGGCGAGAUUCUUGUUCGCUGGAGUUAUGACCCUCAUGGUUGCUCCUUUCAUGGCUGGCUACCUCUUUAUCAUGCAUUUCCUGACUUACUUUCAUGAAUAUCGCAAGAACCCCUCGGCUUUGGGCACGCGAGCGUACACGCCGUUGGCCGAGUGGAAGUUCCGAGAAUUCAAUGAGCUUCCCCACAUCUUCCAAGAACGCCUGAAUAUGUCAUAUCCGUUUGCUACACGAUACCUGGACCAGUUCCCCAAGGAGAUGACGGCGCGCAUGGCCAGGACGGUAUCCUUCAUAGCCGGGGCCUUGGCUACUGUUCUAGCGAUCGUGACGAUGGUAGACACCGACCUGGGUUUUGAGAUCACACCGGACCGAACGGUACUGUUCUACUUCCCCAUCUUCGCAGGUGCGUGGGCUUUUGCCAGAGGCAUGGUACCCGAGGAGAACACGGUUUUUGAGCCCGAGUACGCCUUGAGGCAAGUCAUUGAAUACACCCACUAUGAGCCGGACCGUUGGCAGGGGCUAGGACUACACAGCUCCGCAGUCAAGGAUGAGUUUUCGGCGCUGUACAAGAACAAACUGGUGAUUUUUCUGGAGGAGAUUGUGGGCAUCCUGAUUGCACCUCUUAUCCUCUCCGUCAGCCUGCCACGGUCGAGCGAUCAGAUUGUCGACUUCUUUCGGGAGUUCACCAUCCACGUCGACGGCCUGGGGUAUAUCUGCUCGUUCGCCGAGUUCGACUUCAAGAAGGGCGUUGGGAAGCCGAAGCCAGACGCGGACACCCGCGAGGACUAUUACGCGACCAAGCAUGGCAAGAUGGCGGCAUCGUACUACGGGUUCCUAGACAACUACGUGAUCAACCCCAGGACGGGGAUCCCGGGCCACCUUCCACCGGGGGCGCGGAACCAAUUCCAGCCGCCGCCGGCAUUCCCCAGCUUGCAGUCCCCGACUCUAGCGGCAGACAUGGCGGCAUCGCGGAUGGGCCGCAGUGAAUUGGGCCGGGCUAGAAGCCGGGGGCCCGGGGGACCCUCCCACGCUGGCAGGACGCCUAGACACGGAAUGGCGGCGCCACCAACGCUCUCGCCGAUGGCUUCGAUCCUGCUGGACCCGCACCAUCAGCCACCGGUUUCGACACUGGGCCGGAGCAUGCACCGACCGCGGCAGGGCAGGCACAGGGAAGAUAUCAUCGAGGAAGGAUUUGAGGGCGAGAAUAUCGAGGGCGAUACGAGGCGACGAGACGAGGAUGAUGCGUACGAGAGUGGGCACGGACUGGACGAGUCUGCGUGGCAGGCAUCGCCGGGACAAGCACUUGGUCGUGACAACAGCGCGACGAACGAAGGUGACAGGGAAGACGGGGUGUUUGGGAUGAUGUACCAAUUCCAACGAGAGCUGCAGCAUAUGCCAGGGGGCCUGCGGUGA